AUGGCGGCUGAGAUGGUCAGUUCUGCAGUUAUCCAGGAGUCAUUUAGCCAAAUACUAUCUGGCCUAGUUAAAAAAUAUGAUGACAAAGAGGAAAUAAAUGGAAUCAGGAACAUAGGGAGGCUAGAGAUGGCACACAUCAGGCUGGAAGCUGCUCUUGAGACUUCUAAUAAAUGGCAGAUCACUGAUACAUCCAUGUUGCGUUGGCAAAAGAAGCUGAAGCAUGCUGCACAAGUGUGUGAUGAGAAACUGCACACAUGUAAGCAGAGAAUCCUCGAAGCAGAAUGCAUGGAACAGGAGGUAAGGAAUUCCUCCAUUCCUAAACGGAUUGGACAUGCUACCAAGUCAUUUGUUUUCUCCAUCUUUAACCGCAACAACGAUGAUGAGUUGAAUCCAUCAGUUGUUAAACGAUUUGAGUGGUAUGCUGAUGGUGCUAGUGAAUUCCUGAGAUUUAUAGAGCUUGGCGGCACACCACUUUGUCACAUCAUGCCCUUUGGCUCCCUUAUCAAGAAUCUUUUUGCAGGCAAGGAACUUCACCAUAAAAUUGUUCGAGGAAGCCAACAGCCUUUGUGUCAACUAUGGUUGAUCCCCUUUAGUACUGCAGAGCAAGGAACAGAGGACUUCUCAUGGGCGCCAUUUGCUUAUUCAUACCACAUAGAACAUUUGUACAUUCUUCACAACAUUGCAUCUCAAUGGUUUCGCCCGAAUCCAUUAUGUUGCAAGCAGCAGCAACACCAUGAGGUUCCACAUUUUAGCAACCUAAACAUGGCAGGAUUAUCAGAUGUUCCGCUAGAACCAGUAAUUGAAUUUAAUUUACAGUGGCAAGUCCCACAUUCAGUUUACAGCAAGCGAAAGACCUCACUGUCUGAAGGCACAAUGUCUCUGCAAAGUUCUCCAUAUCUAAAAGCUGGAGUUGCUUUUGAACCCCAUGGCUCUUCUGAAGACAUGCUACCAGUGAAUAAAAGUUCUGAAGCAGUUGAGAUAGUUGGCGGUCAGCAACAUGUCUUGCAUAGGGACAUCUCCUUGGAGCAACUGGAAGAGAUUAUGCUAGCAAAGGCCAUAGAUUACUUCUGCCACAAUGAUGAAGCCUCCGUAAACUAA